GGACGAAUCUGAACAUACUUUAAGCACAACAAUUAAGACAAACAUACAAAUGGAAGAGGACGGAUUAGGCCUGAUCCUCAUUCAGAAUGGGCCCUAUAUCCAGAUAUCAGGCCUAGUAGAGAAAAGUGCAGCAGAAAGAGAUGGAAAGCUCCAGGCAGGUGAUACCUUGCUUAAGAUUGGACAUGCGAAUGUCUUGGGGUGGACGCUGCGAGAGCUAAGGCAACUUUUGCACACAACUCCUGUUGGUACGGUUCUACAGAUCCAGGUUUACAGAGAUUUCAUGAAGUUGCCAAGCAGAUGGGAAACUGCCUUCAACAACAUCCCUGAAAGAAAGGGACCUGAAAUAGAAGAGACAUCAAGCUGUGCCAGUGAAGAAGCCUGGACAAGUAGCGAAGGCUCCGAAGAGCUUGUAAGUGAUCACAUUCCACGUGAGAAUGACAGCGAAGAUGACAAUGUUGUUGGCGGAGGCCAUAUGGUCUGCUUUGAUGAGGAUGGCAUUUUCACUCGAACCGGAGUCACAGGUGCUCCUUUCAGUAGCAGAACUGUACACGCAGAGACUUUCCCCAAUGUUAAAGCUGUACAGUCACUUUCCUUUGAGCCUUCAAAUCAACCAAAAUGGAUCUCUAAAGACUGGCAUAUCUUUGAAAGGAAAACAUACACAUUUACUGUGGGUUCAGACAUUGGUUGUGACAUCAUGAUCCAUAAAGGUUUUGAAGACAAAAGCGAUGUUGACACUUCAACUUCAUAUUUAACAUCUUCUUCACCAUACUGGAUUAUGUCAAAACAUGAUGCUGAGGCAUCAGCGUCAUCUUCCUCUUCUGUUUCUGACGCAUUUUGGCUUGAAAAUGUUGCUUAUGAAUUUGAAUAGACAGGAGAACGGCUCCAGUUUUGCACUUCCAGGAACUGGGUUUCUCUGACUGGAUUCUUUCUCACACUUGCUACCCUGCACUUGAAAAUCUGAUUCAUCUGUUUAAUGAUCUGAAAAUCUGGUUUUUGAAACAAGGGACUGAGGAGGCAGAAGGAAGAGACAAUUGCAGAAGGGGGGAUGGGGACUACAGUCUUACAGACAUCAUGUUUUUCAAAGUCUACUAGACAAGCUACAAAAUACAAGCAAGAUACAAGAAAGAUCAGAAUGCAACUGUCUUCCAAUUUUAGAGGUUUUCAAAGGAACCUAACAAGUAUAAAAGUGAGAAGCACACCCACCAUUUAAGGACACUAAGCACCCAAAUACCACUAAAGGGUGGGCAAAAACAUUUUCACUUGAUGCCCCCAAAUUAACAGCAUAGGCAUCUGACGAAUUUGAAAACUGUCCCUGGAAGCUAUUCAAUUUGUUUCUGAAGUUAUGAGUACAAACUGCAAGGCCUCAACUGAUGACUCAAGAAGUAGAACGCUUAUUUUGUUAAUGCCACAGAGCAGCUCCUACUUCCCCAUUUUCUAAAUCCAGAGACAGAAUUCUAUUGCUGAUAUGUUUUAACGUUAUCUACUGGCACACAACUUACAUUCA